GCUCUUUGCUGAGAAGUUCUUUUUGUAUGUUUUUGACCAUUUAAAUUGAAAAUAACACAGUAAGGUACUUAAUUGUUACCCAGAAAUUAUUUGUUAUCAAAUUAAAAACGGCUGCAUUGGACCUUUAAACGAUUACCAUAUGAAUAAUAAGCUACUGUUAAUGAGAUGUAUAUGUUUUAGUAUUCGUAGGGACAUCACUUUUUCAGAUGCUGAUCAGGCUUCCACAUUUGCAAAAUAUUAUGUGAUACAGUAUUUUAUACAGUCAGCAAGUCAUCUUCGAUGGUAUGCAUAACACAUUCAGUUUAUUGCUCCCAUCUCUAAACCACGGAGGUAUAAUACAGCCAUGACACUUUUUUUUUUAGUCGUAUUUUCAUCUGGGCUCAACAAACACUUCUCCAUUUGCACCAGAAUAUGUGAAAUUAUUUACUGGGGAGAGGGUGCGUAACGGAGACCGGUGAGAACUUUGCUGGAUUGAUACAUUGAUGUGAAUUUCAGAUGCAUCGCCCUAAUGGUAUGAAUCUGGCUGCCUGGAGAGAAUUUGUUGUUCAGCGCGAAGCCAAGGCAAGGCAGCAGGGAUGAUGAGAGUGCACGAAGACAAAUCGCUAACUGCCAUUUCAACCGCAUUGCACAUUUGCCGUCCAUUUUACAUGGGAAAGCAUGUUUAUUUUGUAUCAUAAUACCAAUAUGUAUAGCCAAAUUCAACAUCUAGAAUUGAGGUGAUGAAGGCUGGCACAUUUCCAUUGUUCUUCGAGGAAUGAAAACGCUCCAAGAUGGUCCGCAUCGCAAAUGCCCUGGGUCUGGUCAUAUUGAUGGUCGCUCUUCUCAUUUUAUCCUUAAUAAGUUAUGUGUCCAUUAGAAAGGACAGCAUCUUCUCUUCCACAAAAAAUGACAAUAUGGGAGGACCACGGAUAAUGUUCCACGCAGGAUUUCGGUCACAGUUUGCCAUGAAUUUCCUGGACCCAUCCUUCAUCCCAUUAACCAAUGCUCUGAAUGAGGAGCUGCAAGGGAAACCCUCCAAAUGGAAAUUCAAUAGGACAGCUUUUUAUCAGCAAAGGAAAGAGAUCUUCCAUUACAUUGAUGUGGCCAACAACUUCUCCCUCACCAAGAAUGGUGUGCGCGUCGGCCAGCUGAUGCACUUCGACUACUCCAGUCACAAGUAUGUCUUCUCUAUAAGCAACAACCUGAAGUCACUGCUUCCUGAUGCUUCACCCAUCCAGAACAAGCACUACAACGUGUGUGCUGUGGUGGGUAACAGUGGGAUCCUGACCGGUAGUCACUGUGGGCCAGAGAUCGACAGUGCCGACUUUAUCUUCCGCUGUAACUUCGCCCCUACCGACUCCUAUUACAAGGAUGUGGGCCGGAAGACCAACCUCACCACCUUUAACCCCAGCAUCCUGGAGAGGUACUACAACAACCUAUUGACCAUCCAAGACCGCAACAACUUCUUCCUCAACCUGAAGAAGCUGGAGGGGGCAAUUUUGUGGAUCCCUGCAUUUUUCCUCCACACCUCGGCCACCGUCACACGGACCCUGGUGGACUUCUUUGUUGAGCACAAGGGGCAGCUGAAAAUCGAGCUGGCCUGGCCGGGAAACAUCAUGCAGGAUGUCAACAAAUAUUGGAAGACCAAGAACCUGUCCCCAAAGCGACUCAGCACUGGUAUCCUCAUGUACACUCUGGCCUCGGCCAUGUGUGAGGAGAUCCAUCUGUACGGCUUCUGGCCUUUCGGCUGGGAUCCCAACACAGGCAAAGAGCUGCCCUACCACUACUAUGACAAGAAAGGAACCAAGUUCACCACCAAGUGGCAGGAGACCCACCAGCUGCCCAGUGAGUUUAAGCUGCUCUACAAGAUGCAUGGAGAAGGUGUGACCAAGCUGAGCCUUUCACACUGUUCUUAGACAUUCCAGCCUGGGUGACCGAGCAUCAAGAAAUUCAUUUUGUGGUGCUCCAACACAGCAGCGGACCUUGAGCUCACAUAAUAUAUUUUGCGACUCGAAGCAGACAAUGCAUGAUUUAGUAGUAAGACGUAUUACUCUUUCACUCUAGAAACACACUGUCAUAUCACCACUGCAUCUUGCCUCGGCUUUGUCACAGAGUAUGUAAUUCACACUUUAGGUUACGAGGAACAUGGCAUAAUAUUUCAAAUGUGAAUUACUGGUUGAUGAUGAUGUUAUGAUGUAUGUUAUGCUGAAAAUAUUAUGUCACACUAUCAUAGUACUUAUACAAUAUUUCACAUCACAUUAUUUGCAUUGAUACCAUAAUUGUGUGGAUAAAUAGAUCAAUAAAACACAUACAUUUUAUGAAAAAUAAUCACUAUUUCCAGAACGUAGGAGUGAGUUGGGGUGCAUCAUUAUUAUUAGGCUAUAGCCUUAUUUCAAAGGGAUUUGAUUGUUCUUUUGAUAUCACUGCUUAGUCUCAGGGAAGGAGUUAAGAGAAUAGUUUUUUAAAAAUCAGAUUCAAAUGCCCCACUGAGGUGCAAUCAGACACACUGUCUAUUUUCCAUCCCUUUUCAGCAUACAGUGAACUACCACAGGUGCCAGCAGACAGAUAAUGGGCCCAGCCAGCACACUGCACUGCUAACUACUGUAGCAGUGAGAUUUGUUUACAAUACCCCUUAAUGUAUGUAAUUGCUUCCCUAUAUAGAUACAGAUAAUGUAGUGAUAGUCCUAGUCCCACUAUUUUAUUGGGAUUCUGGUGAAAGUGCUGGUAAUAUUAAAAUUUGCGAAUGAAUAAUCUACAUUCCAACACCAAGCCAUAGACUGAGUCACUUAGACAGUUCCUUGUUUUCAAAAGAAAAGCACUUUUUUUGUCCAUUAAAAUAACAUCAAAUUGAUCAGAAAUACAG